AAAUUCAGACUCACAGAUCCAGCCAUCCAAAGAGUGAUGCCCUAAUGCCCUAUUGCCCUAACGUUGUUACUUGUUAUUAUUACUAUGAGGUUUUAUCAAUGUUUUUUCGAUUAAUAAUAAUAUAAAAAUUAACGCUUGAGCAGUUGGCAAAUGACGUGACAGUAAUUAUGGAGAAUUGAAAUAAUAAUUAUAUGUCAUAAUUGUUAUUUGGGAAUAAUUUCUGCCGGUAUUGCAGUAUCCUAGGAGAAAUAAAUAAGUCUAAAAUAUAAACCUAACUACUAGAUUUUGAAUAAUUUUUAAUUUUUUUUUUAAAACUAACAUGGCGAAUCCCUCGGUGAAUCCAUCAACACGAGUUCCAAAAAUGGUUGUUUUUGAUUUAGAUUAUACAUUGUGGCCAUUUUGGGUUGACACUCAUGUGAAUCCCCCUUUUCAUAAAACUGGAGAUGGUAAAGUGGUUGAUUUCAGAGGUUGUGUAGUUAAAUAUUAUCCAGAUACGCCAAAAGUCUUGAAAUAUCUUCAGGACAAAAAUAUUGGCAUAAGUGUGGCUUCAAGAACUGGAGAAACUGAUGGAGCUGAGCAACUCAUACAAUUAUUUGGUUGGAAUAAAUAUUUUCAAAACAAACAAAUUUAUCCUGGUAGCAAAGACACACAUAUAAAUAAGAUAAGCAAAAAAUGUAAUAUCAAACUGGACGAAAUGAUUUUUUUUGAUGAUGAACAACGGAACAUUGUUGAUUUAGAACGUUUAGGAGUAGUAUCAAUAUUAGUAAAAAAUGGGAUGACAAUGCCAGUUUUAAUUAAUGGUUUGAAAAAAUUUUCAGAUAUAAGAUCAAAUGUGUGAAUUGUUGUGUUAUUGUUAUAAGUAUUACAAUACUUCAUAAGAUAUGUAAUGUUUGAAACGGAACUUCAUUAUUGUAUUAACAUGUAUAUUUUUUUUUCUAAACCAUACUGAAAUAUUAUGAUAGAAUGAUGUAUUGUGGUGUUUCCCAACCUAUGGGUUGUAUUGUGGGUUGCCAUAACAAAAAAGGUUGGGAGACACUGAUGUAUUCACUAUUAAACGUGACCAUUUAAUCUAAAUUUAAUUAUUAAUUAGUAUUUAAUAUCUAAGGCCCAUUUGGUCCUUUAUACAGCAUCCAUUUUGGGACUCAGCAGAAAUUUCUAUUACCAACUAUAUUAAAGAUUCCAAUCUAAAGUCCUCCGCAUUAUCUUAAAAGCUCUAUUUUACAUUUCCAAUAAUACUCUUCACUUUGACUUUAAAUUACCCACUGCUAUCAAACUAGCAAAGCUCCAUUAUAAUCUCUUCACUAACUGACUUACUCACUAUCCCAACAACCCAACCCUGUUAUCAUCAUCCCUGUCUAAUAUUUUUUUUAAAAUAGACAAUUAAAGCUUUUUAAUAAUAAUAUAAUUACAACUAAUUGUUGUAAUUUACAACUUAUAAUAUUAUUUAUAUUAUGUAGAAUAAAUACAUAUACUGAAUA